AUGUCGCAAGAAUAUAUGGACCAUACGGACCGUAUGGACCAGGAGUCUGACGACUUCAAUGACAUCCGUCCUACUUUCUACAUCGGCCAACAUGAUUCUACAAGAUCGGAGACCUUGACCGAUUUACAGUAUGGCCAGGUCCUAAAUGCUGGUUUCAGCUUUGUCACAACUCCAAUCACAAAUGACAAUUUUCAUCGGCGCGUUGUGGAGCUGGUGAAGACCAGUCUAUCAGAUGCCACAUAUGAGGAAAAGGCUGGAUCUAUUCUAGAUCCCGUGGUACCUCCCCUAACCCCCGAGGAUACCACCCUUUUCCCCGGCACCUAUACGAGUGGGCUUGUAGCCUAUUCUAGUGCUUGGAUAGACUUGUGCUCUCCCAACCAUGUUAUCUCUAGCAUUUCGAGGCAGGUAUUGAAUCUCGAGGUCGCGUAUGCUAAUUUCUGUGGGGUGAGGAGCAUCAUAAUUCCCGGACCUAGGGAAGACUCUGUUAGUACUGGCAAUGGCCAAGGCAUUGCCCAGUAUGCUCGAGCUAUCCAAGAAUCAUUCUCUAUCGGUACUCGAGUCAACAUCAUCAUCCACAUCCCCAUGUAUCGGGAGCCAGGCCUAGAAGACAAAGUACCACUUCUAUCCGCGCUAGAUGGUAACUCGAACCAGCCGUCUGUCGCAGCAGGACAGGAAAUAGACCUCUUCAGCUCUUGGGAUUCAUGGCAUCUUAUCCGCUCCGUUUGCGAAUACGAUACUAGACUCUUCGUUGCUCUUAAAAUCCCACGGGUUCUCCCAGAAAAGCAGCUCCAGACGAGAUGGUUUUCCGAACCCCUCCAGUACUUGACAUUCGACCCUCAGACAUUCCAAACGAAUAAGGCUGGCCACCCUUCUCUUAGUCGUUAUCACCAGGACAUGAUCUUCACGUAUAUGCGCCUAAAGAACGCCCCUUACUUUCUUCUCUGUGAUGUUGGCCCAGAGCUACGGGCAGACCCUAAUCCUAAAGACAUAAUCUCAGCUGAAUUUCCAACUCUCAUCGAGGCCGCCGCGCAACAGACUGCGAACGGCGGUGGAAAGCUCAAGUCUCAAGGACAAAACGCCUACUCUGCGUAUCUCCGCCACCUGGAGAGACACCAGACGCCCCUUAGCGACCUGGAGCAAAACACCUUGACGAAUUUUCAGGAUUGGUUGCAGUCACCUUUGCAACCGCUCUCUGACAAUCUAGAGUCGGUCACAUACGAGGUCUUCGAAGGCGACCCGGUCAAGUAUUUCCAAUAUGAGAUGGCAAUCGCAGCUGCGCUUCGGGACUGGGCCGCGGAGGGCAAGCCAACAUCUUCUCCUGGUGGCGAGGUUGUUAUCGCAGUUGCCGGAUCCGGCCGUGGUCCGCUCGUCACUCGCGCUCUGAGAGCCAGCGAGUCUACCGGCGUUCCUGUCCGCGUCUGGGCUGUCGAGAAGAACCCUAACGCCUACGUAUACUUACUACGGCAGAACCAGAAGGAAUGGGGCGGUCGUGUCACCGUCGUUAAGACGGACAUGCGCGCGUGGAAAGGCCCAAUACUCUCCGAUUCAUCUUCCUCUUCAAGUCCUACCCACGGAAAAGUCGAUAUCUUGGUGUCGGAGCUCCUGGGCUCGUUCGGCGACAACGAGCUGAGUCCCGAGUGCCUGGAUGGUAUCCAACACGUGCUGGCACCGAAAUUCGGCAUCUCGAUCCCGGCGUCGUACACGGCACACGUGAGUCCCAUCUCGACUCCUCGCAUCCACGCGGACAUCAAACAGCGGGCUGCUUCGUCCCCGUCGUCCGACGCCUUCGACACCCCGUGGGUGGUACGACUGUUCGCUCUGGACUUCGUUGCGGAGCGGGUACCUGACCGGCCGCGAUUCCAGCAGGCGUGGGAAUUCGCACACCCCUUACCGCAAGCGACCAUGGACGCGAUAGAGGCCCGCCGAGCCGGCGGCAUAGCAGGAGGUGGCGGCGGUAGCAUGGCGGGCGCGGUCGGCGCCAACGAUCACAACGCACGACAUUGCCACCUCACUUUUGUAUGCCGUACCCGCGGCGUCGUCCACGGGCUUGCGGGGUACUUCGAGUCGGUGCUGUACGCGCCCAGCGGAGCUGCCAACGGGACAAGCGAAGAAGGGGGGCAAGAGCAUGGGGAAGUGGUUCCGGAGAAGGUCGAGCUGAGUACGCUACCGGACAUGAUCGAUCGGAAGAGCAAGGAUAUGAUCUCUUGGUUUCCCAUCUUCUUCCCACUCAAGCAACCCCUCUAUUUCCCACCGGACACCGAGUUGGAAGUUAGCAUGUGGAGACAGACCGACGACGCAAAGGUGUGGUACGAAUGGAUGGUCGAAGCCUUCAUGUGGAUCGGGCCGUCUCAGAGGGUCAAGGUCGGGGGUUCGGAUAUGUGCAGCAGCCGGAAAGUGGCCUGCCUCUUGUAA